GGAGGCCUUAUUGAGUCCAUUUCUGCCGGGAGUCUACUCGACGACAAUCUAUGGCACGACGUGUUGAUCUCGCGAAGAGGUCGCGACGUACUGUUCAGCGUUGACCGCGUGUUAGUCCGACAUUUUCUCAAAAGUGAUUACUUGCGCCUUAAUCUCAAUCACGACCUCUUCAUCGGCGGUAUUCCCAUCAAAAUCGACGACCCGUUGAACACCAGACAGAACUUCAGCGGUUGUAUUGAGAAUUUGACCUUCAAUUCGACAAACAUCGCGUAUGAGAUCCAAAUGGACGACAGAAACUUCGUGUACGGAAAACUCGGGCAAAUCCAGUACUCGUGUCUCUUCCCACAAGUGGUUCCCAUAACGUUCAAUACGGGCGAGUCUUACAUCAAAGUGGAGGGAUUUAUGGUUCCCUUUAUGAACACGAGUUUCGACUUCAGGACAUUCAAUGAAGACGGACUUCUUCUGUACCACAAGUUCUCCAGCGCUGGCUUUGUUAUGCUAUUCCUAGAGAAGGGCAAAAUCAUAAUCAAGUUUCAGGGCUCAAACACACCUGUUGUCCAAUUAGAACCGUUUGACCCCAAACUGAACGAUGGUUUAUGGCAUUCAGUGGUAUUGGUUCUGCAAAAAGACAAAAUCAUUUUGUCCAUCGAUCACAUCCCGAGCAUUACUACCCGUUCUUUUGAGAUGUUUACGGGACAGAUGUAUCUAAUCGGCGGCGGUUAUCACGGAAUGACCGGUUUUAUCGGUUGCAUGCGUUGGAUAUACAUUGAGGGCCGGUAUGUGAAUGUGGAGACACUGCCCGCCGACCGAGUGGUCAAACUACAAGACAGCGACAUAACCAUCAAAGCGUGUCAACUGAUAGACCGCUGCCAUCCGAACCCCUGCGAACACGGGGGCGUCUGUCGACAGGACAACAUCGACUUCUACUGUGACUGCGCUCUAACCGGUUAUUUGGGUGCCGUGUGUCACGUGGCCAGACAUCCGCUGUCCUGCUCUGCCUAUAAGAUAGACAAUCCUAAGUCGAGGAAAGCCGACGUCAUGCUAGACGUGGACGGAAGCGGUCCGUUGGAGCCAUUCUGGGCCACGUGUCUGUUCCCCACCGAAGACCAGUCGCAGAUCAUUAUACAUCACCGCAACGAAGAGGCCACUGAAGUACGCGGCUAUCAUUUGCCC